GGUAAGCAAGUGGGCAGCUGCUGGGCUUGCUGGGCUGGCAGGACGGAGCAGUCCAGGGACAGGGGCCUGCCCAGGCCAGAGAGGAGACAGGAGUCAUGAGGGUGGCCGUGGGCAUGCUCUGGUUCCUGGCCCUUGGGGGGCCCCCCCAGGCCCAGGGCUCCUGUCCCUCUCAGUGCAGCUGCAGCCUCCAUAUCCUGGGUGAUGGCAGCAAGGCCAGGACGGUGGUGUGCAACGACCCCGACAUGACCCUGCCCCCGGCGUCUAUCCCCCCGGACACCACCAGACUGUGCCUGGAGCGGACGGCCAUCCGCAGGGUGCCGCCCGAGGCCGCGCGCUUCCUGGGCAACCUCACGUUCCUCGACCUCUCCAGCAACCAGCUGCUGAGGCUCCCGCAGGAGCUGCUGGGCACCUGGACGCACCUGAAGACCGGGCUCUUCCUCCCCGGCCACCACGCCAGGCUGGUCCUAGGGCUUCAGGACAACCCCUGGGUGUGUGACUGCCGACUCUAUGACCUGGUCCAUUUCCUGGAUGGCUGGGCCCCGAACUUGGCCUUCAUCGAGGACAGGCUGAGGUGUGCUAGCCCUCGAAGCCUGGCUGGUGUGGCCUUCAGCCAGCUGGAACUGAGGAAGUGCCAGGGCCCAGCGCUCCAUCCGGGGGUGUCCAGUAUCAGGUCUCCUCUGGGCAGCACAGCACUGCUACGUUGUGGAGCCACCGGGGUCCCUGGGCCUGAGAUGAGCUGGAAGAGGGCCAAUGGGAGCCCACUCAAUGGCACAGUGCACCAGGAAGUGUCCAGUGACGGCACGAGCUGGUCUCUGCUGAGCCUGCCUGCGGUGUCCCACCUGGACUCUGGAGACUAUGUCUGCCAGGCCAAGAACUUCCUGGGAGCCUCCAAGACUCUUGUCACCCUGAUUGUCACUGAGCCUCAGACUUCCACAGGACACAGUGGGAACCCAGGGGCACUCUGGGCAAGGACAGGCGAGAGGGCAGAAGCUGCUGCUUACAACAACAAGCUGGUGGCCAGGCAUGUCCCCCAUAUUCCUGAGCCUGCUGUCCUGGUCACUGGGCCCUCUGAGCCCAGCACGAAGGAGGAGCUGACCCUUCAGCACUUCCAGCUGGGUGUCCCAGGAGGGCUCUCAGAAGGACAGGCAGGACCCCAGGAGGACCAAGUGGUGAAGGCUCUCAAGGUGGUGGGGGACACUUACCACAGCGUGUCCUUGGUGUGGAAGGCCCCCCAGGCCAGAAACACAACUGCCUUCAGUGUCCUCUAUGCAGUCUUUGGGCAGCACAACAUGCAGCGGGUGAUUGUGCAGCCUGGGAAGACCAGUGUCACCAUCGAUGGACUGGUGCCCAAGACCAAGUAUGUGGCAUGUGUCUGUGUGCGGGGCCUGGUGCCCCGGAAGGAGCAGUGCAUCAUCUUCUCCACCGACGAGGUGGUGGAUGCUGAGGACACCCAGCGGCUCAUCAACGUGGUGGUGAUCAGCGUGGCCGCUGUCAUUGCUGUGCCUCUCACACUGCUCGUCUGCUGUGACACCCUCCAGAGGCGCUGUCGCAAGUGCUGCACCGCGGGCUCCACCGAGGCCUCGGCCGCCUAUGUCAACCUGGAGAGGCUUGGCCACAGCGAGGAUGGCUCGGAGGAGCUGUCCCAGCACAGCCUCGGCGAGGGCGACAGGCUCCUCUCAGCCCGUUCCAGCCUGGACUCUCAGGCUUUGGGGACCCAGGGGGGCAGACGGAUCAAUGAGUACUUCUGCUGAGGGGUGUGCUUCCCCCAACUCAGUCACCUGCUCUCGUCCACUCUCCCCUUUCAGCUUUCACACACUCAGUCUGACACCCAAAUACAUGCCCACUUAUCCACGUGGGCACCUGCUUACUCAUGCACACACACCCCAGCAACAGCAGCAACUGCCAGCACUUAUUAAACACUCACCGUGUGCCAGGAAGUGUUCUAAGUGCUCUAUGUGCAUGAACCCAUUGAAAUUCCUAUAACAACUGUUUGCAGCAGGCACCACUAUUCUUAACAUUUUCUUGGAGAAGAAACGGGGGUGGGGGGUGGUAAGUAACUUGCCCGUGUCAGUCAGGUUUUGCUGCUUAACAAACACAAGGAAAAUCUCCGUGGUCUGUAGCAACAAACACCUAUUUUCACACUCCCGGGUCUGUGGGUGGACUGGGGUGGCUCUGUUCAGCAUGGGCCACUUGGUGCCAGGGCUGGGGAAUAGCCGUGGCUACCCGCAGCAGGCUUCUGUCAUGGUGAGGUCAGAUGACAUCAGAGAAAUGGGAGAAAUCAUGCGCUGCCUCUUAAGUUCUUAGUUCAGAAUGGGCGCACUGCCACUAUCUGCCAAAGCAAAUCUCAUGGCCAAAGCCAACUUUAACAGGGCAAGUGAGGACACUUUUCCUGUGGAGGUGAUGGUGGGGCAGGAAAUAUUUGCUGAACAGUGAUCUCAGCUACCACACUGCCCGUGAUUACACAGCGAGGCAGUGGCAGCUCUGGAGUUUGGACCGGGCCGUUGGGCUGCACAGUCCUUCCCACUCUCCUAUCGC